AGCAACGCAGUGGUUUAAUUAUUGGGUUUUGGGUUUUUUAUCCUCCACAUCAACCUGCCAUGGAUGGAGAGUGCACUCAGAAGUGGCCUGUCACUGGAUCAAACUCAAAAAAUUCCGUUCCCGAGCCCGGCGCUGAAACAAGUGUUUUAUAUGCAUAGAAAGGGGAAUGUAGCAAGCCACCAAAAUUGGAAAAUGGCAUGCUAGAAGAUAGGUAUCGUGGGACGGAAUCAUUUGCAAGUGGAUCCAGGGUCUCUUACCUAUGUAACCCUGGUUAUACUUUUUCUCAAAACGAUCGCAGAUCUAUUACUUGUAAUGAAGGUGUUUGGGAACCAUUACAAGCCACCUGUACACCAAAGAGCUGUGGAAGUCCAGGGGAUAUUAUGAAUGGGUAUUACCAGGGUGACAAUACUUUUGGAAGUAAGAUUACAUUUUAUUGUAAUGAAGGAUAUAUGAUGGUGGGUAGAAAUUACCGGUUGUGUGAAGUUGAUGGAUGGAGUGGCCAGGUACCUACAUGUGAAGUUGUUAAAUGUCCUGACAUUCCGGCCAUUGAGAAUGGCGAAAUAUCAAGGCUUUCUACAGACUCAUGGGAAUACGGAAUGGUGGCCAAAGUUUCAUGCCAUGGCGACUACUCAUUGAUCGGUGAACGCAAGCUUAUCUGUGAAAGUGAUGGAAAUUGGAAUCAUCCCUUUCCAAAGUGCAAAGAUGUUAAGUGUCUGGCUCCUGAUGUUCCUAACAAUGUCUACAUGACAUCGAUAUACAAACCUACUUAUAAAUAUCAGGAGCAAAUCAGUUUCCGGUGUGAAGAAGGUUAUGUGAUGAAGGGCGAUGGUCACAUUGUAUGUGGAGAGGACAGCAAUUUUUCACGCCCACCACCCACCUGCACACAACGUGUUAAAUGUCCACUACCGGAUAUUCCUGACAAUGUUGAAUUGGUAUCGACACGCAACCUAACUUACAAUUAUAAGGAACAAAUCAGUUUCCAGUGUAAAGAAGGUUAUGAGCUGAAUGGCAAUAAUGUCAUUGUAUGUGGAGAGGACGGCAAUUUUUCACCCCCACCACCCACCUGCACAAAACCUCCUGAAUCCAUUCCUCUAUAUCAAAAAAUACUCUAUGGGGUACUUGCUGUAGUUGUUGUUAUUAUUAUACUACUCGUGAUAGGCUGUUUAUACAAAAGAUAUAGCUCAGGUGGAAGCGGCAGUGUUUUUCCUUGCCUGACAAAAAACAAGAAAGGAGACCCUGAAAGUGGAGAGGCACAUUCCAAUCAGAUGAAGCCCCUUGCAGCUGCUGAAGGGGCAAAGUAAUACACUUUUUUUUUAAAAGAUCAGUACUAUGAAGUUAUCAUUUUGAAUUUGGUUAAUCAUGGCAGAGGUGUGGAACUGGAGCUUCUCCUGCUGUGUCGAACAAGUGUAUCCCGUAUAGACAUUCGGUUAAGCAAAUCCUGCUAAAUCCUCUGCAUUUCCCUAAUAGUGCUUUUGAAAAAAAAAUGGAUGAGGAUACACAGUCAUUGAAACUCAUUUGAACUUGUGUGCCAGCUCACAAAGUUGCUAAGCAGCAGAACAAUUGGAAAUGUUCCCAUUCUUGCAAAGGAAUGUUUAUGAAACUUCAGAUCAGAUGCAAAGAAAUUACAACAAAGAUCGUCUUUAUAUUUUGUAAUAUUUCCCUGAAAAUAUUUCCCAUUUGGAAGCUAAGGAGUACCUGAUCCCAGUUUCUGCUGGAGGAUACAAGUUGUAUGAUUGUUUCUUGGUAUUUCUAAAUUAAUAAUUGAUAAGGAUUUUUCCAGGAGAAGAUAAUUAUUGGGCCUGUUUGAGUGCUAUUUAAUAUUUAAAUCUGAUUUUUUGAUUUGUGAGUGCUUUUGAAAUCAGCAAAACCAGUGCCAGAGUAUUCUUGUUCAGAGGAUCUCAUUUUGUUUCAGUAACCUGUUUUAAACAUCUGGACAGAUGAUAGUGACAUUGGUAAUAAACCACCUUACUGAGGUUAAUUACAUUUUGUUCGAAACCAUUCCACCAUCGAAGAUGCAAAAAAAAACAAAUGCUUCAAAAGAAGUCAACUUGUGUUUUUAAAACCUAAUUAGAACUUCUGGUUAAUUUCACUGAAGUCCUGCACAGCAGAAAUGUAACUUGCUCUUUGCUAAUUUAGCUCAAAAGGUAGAUUUGUUUCUCUUUCCUUGUGUGCUGCUUUCAGGAUGCUCCUGGCAAAGCGUUGUUAGUCUUUAUACCUCUUCUAAAGUUGGGGUAGGAUUACCCCUCCAAAGGCAUGCAGUUCUGAACAACGCAAGCAAGUAGGUGGUUGCUUGAGGGGUGCAACUGAACCGCUCUCCUUUGCAGAAGAGGCCAGAAUCUUCCCAUGUCACCCGAUGUGAGACCACUAUUCUUACUUAAACCCUUCACCCCUACUGGGACCUAGGCCUCUGACAGCUUCUCGCCAGAGUCCUCUGUCCUGCGCACGUCUUUCUAAUUGUCCCCAGGUAUGGCCCGUCUUCUAGGCGAAGAUCCUCGCUCUCCCAGGGAUGAGGCCCUUGUAGCUUCUGGUGGUGCUUCUGUUGAUCUGGGUUUUUAUGGGAAGGGGUUGCUAGGGAUUUGUAGAAGCUGAGGGUCAGAGAGAACUGAAGAUGGAGAGUUGUGAGGAAGCUGGAACAGAGUGGGAGUUUAGAGGCAAAGCUUGAGACACAGCUAAACAUCCAAUAAGGGGACUCCUGCUGGGAAGAGGGUUGAAGCCAGACUAGACAUUACACUAAGCUGGAGGGAAAAUUUCAGAUGAAACCAGAGCUUGGGUGAGAAGUCCUGUCGAUUUUAGUUGUUGAGCGGAUGGGAGUCGCACAGAUAACAUGAGCAAGUAAGUUUUGUCCAUAGUGUAUUAAGGAUCGCGUUUAUUGUGCGAAUAGUGCACAUUGUGGCCUUAUUUAUUUAGAAGUUCCAAGGUGCAAUAGAAUUGCUCUUGGCUUGUGAUUUAAUUUUUCACUUUAUAAUUGUAAACCAAAUAAAGUGCUGAAGAAUUCUUGCACUUAAGUUACAGUAUUGGCACCUUAUACCUAAAAUUUGGUGUUUUUGUUAUAUGCCCGAUGAUAUUUAUUAGUAAAAUCAUGGUUGAAGUUACCAUAUACUUUUGAAUGUACUCAACACAUCUGUUCACAAAGUUCACGUUCCCAGUGGGAAAGAUAUAGCAUGCAUCCUGUAUCCACUGUUGUUACAACAUUUUUGUUUUUGAUGGGCAGGGCUCAUCCUGUUGCUCUUCUUCACUUUGGAAUAUGGUGUUUACUUGUUUAUUUUGCAGUGCUUAUCAAGGUCAUGUAUAUUAUAAAAUAGACCUAAUGUCAAAGACUUAGUAAGUUCUGAAUCUCAAAGUACCACCCAGUUGUCAGUUUAACUUUUAAAGUACAGUGAAAGUUGAUUAACUUGUUUUUGUCUAAACGAGCCCGUUCAGCUUUGGAUCUAAUGUCCAAGCAUUAAAUAUAGUUUCCAAGUGCUGUUAUCUCAACUGCUCAUGUUAAUAAAAUCAUUGCACUAA